AUGGCCGCCGCUUUCGAUGAGGAAGACCUCGCCAUCCCCCUUGGCCCCUCCGACCGUGAUCGUCGUCCAAGGGCACCUCCUAACCCCUCCGCCAUGGCAAUGCCCCCGCCAUCGAGGCCGACCGUCAGGAAUGAGGAUCCAACACAGUCCCCCUCCACCACGCGGGACAUGCAGCGCCUCGACCAGUACCAGACCGUGAAGAUACUGGGUGAGGGCUCCUUCGGCAAGGUGAAGCUCGCCAUUCACCAGCCAAGUGGCCGGCAGGUGGCUCUCAAGAUCAUCUCACGACGCAAGCUGCUCUCCCGAGACAUGGUUGGUCGUGUGGAGCGAGAGAUUCAGUACUUGCAAUUGCUCCGACACCCUCACAUUAUCAAAUUGUAUACCGUGAUUGCCACCAAGACCGAUAUUGUGAUGGUGCUGGAAUACGCCGAGCGCGAGUUGUUCGAUUACCUGGUACGAAAGGGAAGGUGUGGUGAUGAUGAAGCCCGGAAGUUCUUCCAGCAAAUCAUCUGCGCCGUGGAAUACUGCCAUCGACACAAGAUUGUCCAUCGUGACUUGAAGCCCGAGAACCUGCUUAUCGACAGCCAGAAGAACGUGAAGAUUGCGGAUUUCGGGUUGAGUAAUAUUAUGACGGACGGAAAUUUCCUGAAGACCAGUUGCGGUAGUCCAAACUACGCGGCCCCGGAGGUUAUCUCUGGCAAGCUUUACGCGGGCCCGGAGGUGGAUGUGUGGAGUUGUGGUGUGAUUCUCUACGUGUUGUUGGUGGGCCGAUUGCCCUUCGAUGAUGACUAUAUCCCUGCCCUUUUUAAGAAGAUCGCCGCGGGCACCUUCCACAUUCCUGGAUACAUCUCUUCUGGAGCAGCCCGCUUGAUCCGGUCGAUGCUCCAGGUCCACCCUGUUCACCGAAUUACCAUCCCCGAGAUCCGACAGGACCCAUGGUUUCUCAAGAACCUCCCUCCCUAUUUGCAACCACCACCCGAAGAGUUCAUUGCGCCGGGUGUGGAUCCGAAGAAGGUUGAUAACGGCAAACUCGACCCCGCCAAGCCGGCGCCAGUCCAGCAUAAGAUACAUCGCAUUGCAGUCUCGAAGCUUGAACGAAGCAUGGGCUACGGCAGAGAGGAUAUUGAGGAAGCGCUUAGACACCCUGAGCCCAGUGCAAUCAAGGAUGCGUUUUCCAUCGUCGUCGAGAAUGAGAUGAUGCAGACUAAUUCCCCGACGGAAGAUAAUUUGUUGGCUCAGAAUGUUUCUCAACAGAGGAGCGCUGCACCUUCGUCCGCAGACCGCACACCUGCUCCUCGAACCCAAGCGACUCCUGCCGCUGUCGUUAACAGAACUCAAAGUGUCUCUCGCCGUAAGCCAUCGGAGGAUGCCCAGCAUGCAGACACCGAAGAAGAACCUCGCAUCAGCCAUGUCCGGAUCCUCCCUACUAGCUUGCCAUAUGUCCAUGACCAGCUCAUGGAACAACGUGACCGAGAGCAAAGAGCUCGCCACGAAAUGCUUGAGCAACGGCGCCAAGAAGGGGCCCAUCUUGAACAAGAGGGCCAUGGCGCUGCUUAUCGGGACAUGUCAGCCGAAGAGCAGGCUGCCACAGCCCGGGCACUGAAACCUCAUUCACGCAGUGUUGUUGAUUUGGACAAGCUGCGCUUCGAGCCACCAAUAGGCCAACCCCUCGAAAAACAACCAAAGAGAAGCCGCAAGUGGCAAUUCGGUAUUCGGUCCCGGAACCAGCCCUAUGAGGCCAUGCUGUACCUGUACCGGGCAAUUGCCGCCCAGGGUGGACUGUGGGAUAUCCAGCCCGUCGAAUCAGGCACAAACAUUGGCCCUGAUGCAACUUCUUCCCCCGAUAAGCCCAAACCUCUGCAGAGCAAAUAUCCAGACCUGCCCUCCGACUACUACAUCCCGAAGGAUCCUUGGUUCAUCCGCGCACGCCUGCUUAAAGAAGGCAUCAAAGCACCAGGGGCCUCCACCAGCGUCUACAACAGCCGCAGCGACCUAGAAGAAUUGCGCCGCCGCUUCAACAUCUCAGGCGUCUCCGCCCCGACAGAAGACAAGAGCAAAGACUCCCACGUUUCCUCCGCACCAGACAGCGGCCUCACUUCAGGAGCCUCCUCCGCCAACCAACAAAGCGGACUCCCAAACAUUACCUACGGUAUUUGGGUCUUCAUCGAUAUCCAGCUGUACCAACUUGAAGAAAACAAUUACAUGGUCGACUUCAAAUGCGACGGCUACCAGAACGUGAUCCGUGCCAAUGGCGACACCGAGUGGCAUCCCAUCAGCAAGCGUUUCAUGAACAAGGAGAAGGAGUUCACCAGCCCUUACCCCUUCCUGGAUGUAGCGUCUGAUCUCGUGGCCCAGCUGGCUGUGGCGAGUUAG